GUCUUGAACCAGGAAAAUGGAAGUGAAGAACGACCCUGACGAGGAACCAGACCUCACCGCCGACCGGAGCCUUCAAACCGUCCUGUCCAGUUUCCAGAACCAACAACUCUCACCAAGCAACAAUGUAGAGAAGGAGGAGAACCAUCUCUUGUGUCUGAAGUCUCUGGAUCUGUCUUCUUUCCCUGAGUCUGUCUUAAACCUGACACAUGUUGAGAAGUUAAUACUAGACCAUAACAGUCUUACCUUCCUACCUGGUGAGUUAUGUCACACCCUGACUCACCUGUGUGUCCUCUCUGUCAUGGGAAACGACCUUGAGACACUCCCCACCUUAUUUGGGAACUUGACCUUGCUAAGAGAACUCCACGCCGGCGAAAACUGUCUCCAAGAACUUCCCGAUUCCUUCUCAGAUCUGAAAGACUUGAGACUGCUUUACCUGACUGGCAACGAGUUGAGGACGUUACCUUCUGACUUCGGUCAUCUAGAACACUUGGAGACUUUGAUGAUUGAUGAGAAUCACCUCAAGAAGUUGCCCAAGACGUUCGGGUCUUUAAGGAGGCUUGAGAGAUUCGACGCCUCCAACAACAAGUUGGAAACCUUGCCAGAGUCAUUCGGGGGACUUUCUCGUCUUAAAAUCUUGAACCUCAGUACUAACAAACUGUCUUGCCUUCCUGAAAGUUUUGGAGAUCUUCCGCAACUUCAAGAAGUGGAACUGUCUGGAAACUCCUUAAGUUUUUUAACCAAAGACUUGAAAUCUUCCCACUGCUUAAGGAAACUGUAUGUAGACAACAAUGUGCUGAAGGAGUUACCUCCUUGGGUUGGGCACCUGUCAUCAAUACAAGAAAUGUCACUGAGAGACAACAAGUUGAUGAACCAGCCGCUCCCAGAGUCCUUCCCGGCGCGCAGCGGGCGGACGUUACGGCUGCUGGACCUGAGCGGGAACUUCAUCACGGCGCUACCCGCCUCGCUGGGUCAGCUGGGGUCGCUGGAGAGCCUCCAUCUGGGGAGUGCCAUCGGAGAACUGGAGCGGAGACACUUCCAGAACGGAAACUGGCUCUGCGCCCUUCCCGAGAACUUCGGCAGGUUGAGACACCUCAAGACGCUCCACCUUGACGAGAACCAGCUCACGCACCUUCCGGGCAGUUUCGGCAGUCUUGGCAGUCUGGAGUUCCUCGACGUGGGGCAAAACUGGCUCAAGGAACUCCCCGAUUCCUUCUGUGAACUAAGCAACCUGCAGUUCUGUCAGCUGUCCAAAAACCACCUGCAGCUGUUGCCUAGCAACUUCGGCCGCCUGUCGUCGCUCGUCGACCUCCGCCUCGACAACAACAUGCUGGGGGAGCUCCCAGAAUCCUUUGCAGAGCUCCGGCAGCUGCGGACGCUGGACCUGUUCUGUAACGAGCUGAGGGAGGUUCCCGGGGCGCUGAAACACCUGACAAGUAUCACACGGCUCGAUAUGGAUAAGAACAAGUUCAGCCUACCCCCUGAGCUGGUGCCCAACAUCAUCUUCAAACCCACCUACGCAGCCAGGGACCCUCGUCUUAAGGACACUUGGCGGGGAAGGAACAGGGCUGACAGGAACAAGGUCGAGGUGGUCAAGCUUGAGCCCCUGCCUGAUGAAGAGGAGGAAGUGGAGGAUGAGAAGGAUGGACCGAUCCCCUGGAACGACAGCAUCCUGAGACAGGCCAUGGCAAAGAGCAUGUCACUCUGGAGGUCUCACACCAGCGAGGAGGGGUCUCACACUAGGGUGGAGGGGUCUCACACCAAAGUGGAGGGGUCGUACACCACGGAGGAAGGGUCUCACACCAGGGUGGAUGGGUCUCACACCAGUGUUGAUGAAGGGCCACCAGCAUUUAACAGCCAGUUUUCAGAUGGCGGAGGCAGCACGGGGGAAAGCACAGGCACAACCACACCCGAGUCUCCAGUGUCCCCCACAUUCCCAUCAGCCUCCUUUGUUCCUGAGACAGAAAACUGGGAAGAUGAAAUUGAGGACACCUGUCCUUGGGACACGCCAGUGUUCUACCAACAUCCUUCUCGCUGGUACAAGGGCUCGUCCGCGAUGCAGUUUGUGCCGUGCGAGGAUCAUGUGGAACCGGUUGCCAGGAUACGCUUCCUGUACACAGUAGAGGAUGGGCAGUUCGAUGACGCAGAAGAAGACAUGUUGUGACACAGCAUUAUGAAAGGCAGCAGUCAAAGUAAAGCCAUAUGAAGACAGAGUGUAGUGGAGGGAGUAUCUUGUGGGCAGCAGUCAUUGUAAGGACAUGUUGGGAGAUAGGAUCAAUUGGGGGUAGGGUUGAAAGUAACUUGAUGUAUUUCACUCUCAUUGGGGCUGUCAUGCAACCCCCCCUCCCACAUUUCCAAGCAUUAAAACUCCAAAAGUACACAUAUUACUAAAGAAAAGAAGAGAUAUAUAUUUAUAUGUCACCAAGAUGUCACAUAUCAGUAAAGCUUACAAAGAAAAGCUUACAGUGAACCAACAUGUGAUGAACCAGGGUAAGAUGGGUUGAUAUCAUCAUCAGCCACUUUUAAACGUAGAACAUCCGUGAGAGCCUAUUUUCAUAACUUACUUUACAUGUUAGUGGUAGAGAGUCAGUAGCACAUUUAGCUAGUUGUUGCACCAGGACCUUUACCAGAUAAAGCCAGUCACACUUGAUGGAUAACGUCCUCUGACUGCCUCAAACUGAUGCAAGCACAAGAAGUUAAAGAAGGAUGGGCAUUAGAUGCCGGACUUUUGCAAAGGUUGUGCAUAGCAAAUAAUGUGGUGUAGCAAAUAAUAUGUCAU